ACUCCAUCUCUGUCUCCACCCCCUCUCUCAUUAGAACCCAUUUUGUGUGACGUUGGAGAGUUUCUGUGCGGUGACCAGCUGACCUGUGUGUCCGAGAGCUGGCUUUGUGAUGGGGAACCAGACUGUCCAGAUGGUUCUGAUGAGGUUCUGGACAAAUGCAAGGUGGAGGUGAUAGUCAGAUGUCCUCUAAAUCACAUACAGUGUAUUGGGACGAGAAAGUGCAUUCACUUCAACAAACUCUGUAAUGGGGCGAAAGACUGUGAGGACGGUUUUGACGAAGGAGUCCACUGUCGAGAACUCCUGUCAGCCUGUCACGAGCUGCAUUGCCGCUAUGGAUGCAUCAUGACCAGAAACGGCACAUUCUGCUUCUGUGCGGAUGGAUUCGAGGUGGGAGAUGAUGGGCGUAGCUGCAGAGAUCAUGAUGAAUGCGCCAUGUACGGGACAUGCAGCCAGACCUGCAUGAACACCUAUGGGUCAUAUCGCUGCAGCUGUACAGAUGGGUACAGCCUGCAGCCGAACAGACGAUCCUGCAUAGCCAAACAUGAGACCGGUGAAAACCCUGCAGCACUGCUGAUUGGAGGCUCGGAUAAUAUUAUAAUCACAGCCCUAAACGGAUCCCGCCUGCAAACCCUCAAACAACUGGACUCAAAUGGAACUCAUGGUUUGGAUUUCAACCAUAAAGAGGAAUCAGUAUGCUGGGUCACAUCCUCAGAGUCCUCCGGACAACUCCGGUGUGCCAGGAUGAGGAAAGCAAGUGGUUUCACUAAAGAACAGGAAGUAAAGACAGUCCAGAAUCUCCACGAUGUUGAUCAAUUAGCCUUUGACUGGCUCACGGGAAACUUUUACUUCGUGGAUCAAGCAAGCGACAGGAUAUUCGUUUGCAACCAGCAUGGAGACACCUGUGUUACGGUGAUAGACCUCGACCUUUUGAACCCUAAAGCAAUCGCUCUGGAUCCUCUAAUGGGGAUGCUUUUCUUUACUGACUACGGAUAUCAAGCAAAACUGGAACGCUGCAACAUGGAUGGCACCAACAGAACUCGACUCGUGGAUUAUAAGGUUGAGCGGCCGACUGCCGUGGCAUUGGAUCUGGUAAAAAAGUUGGUGUACUGGGCAGACGCAUAUCUGGAUUACAUUGAAAUGGUGGAUUACAAUGGCAAAAACAGACACACUAUCAUCCAAGGAUAUCAAGUGGCCCACCUGCAUGGAUUAGCUGUUUUUGAGGACUACUUGUACGCAACUCGCUCUGAACCCUCAAGUGGAGCAGUGGUAGACAUCUUACGGAUAAAUCGCUUUAAUGUCACAGACCCGGAGACGCUAACCAGCAUAGGAAAUGCAAAAACAAUACGGGUUUACCACAAGCUCAGUCAGCCGAAAGUCAAGGGCCAUGCGUGUGAAAUUGACCCUUAUGGUAAACCAGGAGGAUGCUCGCACAUCUGCCUUCUCAGCGGGAGCUACAAAUCCCGGAGCUGCCGCUGUCAUACCGGAUUCAGCCUGGGAAGUGAUGGGCUGUCCUGCAAAAAACCCAGGAAUGAUCUAUUCCUCUUCUAUGGAAAGGGACGACCUGGGAUAAUCCGGGGUCUGGACAUAAAUGUGAAGUCUAGCAAUGAGUACAUGGUUCCUAUUGAGGACUUGGUGAAUCCAAGAGCUCUUGACUAUCAUGCUGAAACAGGAAACAUUUACUUUGCCGAUACUACAAGUUUUUUGAUAGGGCGGCAGAAAGUUGAUGGAAGCAGUCGGGAAACAAUUCUCAAAGAUGAUCUUGAUAAUGUGGAGGGAAUUUCAGUGGAUUGGAUUGGAAAUAAUCUCUACUGGACCAAUGAUGGCUACAGAAAAACAAUCAGCGUGGCUAGGCUGGAGCGGGCAUCUGAAACCAGGAAAACUCUUUUGGAGGGAGACAUGUCUCACCCUAGAGCCAUAGUGGUGGAUCCUCUGAAUAGUUGGAUGUACUGGACCGAUUGGGAAGAGGAUGAGGUGAACGACAGCAUUGGUAGAAUAGAGAAAGCCUGGAUGGAUGGUUCCAACAGGAAAAUAUUUGUCACAUCUAACAUGCUGUGGCCCAAUGGACUCACUCUGGAACAUGGAACCAGUACCAUGUACUGGUGUGAUGCCUAUUAUGAUCAUAUUGAGAGAAUCUAUCUCAAUGGGACUGGCAGAAUGGUUGUGUACAGUGGCAGGGAACUCAGUCACCCGUUUGGGAUUGCACAGUACCAAAAUUCCAUCUUCUGGACGGAGUACAUGAACGGCUCCAUCUUCCAGCUGGAUCUGGUCUCUGGUGAAGUCUCUCUGCUGAGGAGUGAACGACCCCCUCUGUUCGGGCUCCGAGUAUAUGAUGCACAAAGCCAGCUGGGUGACAAUGCCUGCAGGGUGAAUUAUGGUGGUUGCGGUACCCUCUGUUUGGCCAUCCCAGGAGGCCGGGUUCACUCCUAG